CUGCUAGAGAAUAAGGCUGAUAUCUGUAAGUGUGAUAAAUUUUGAAAGUCGCCAUUAUAUAUGGCUUGUAAAACAGAAAAUACAGAUGUAGUGCAGACUUUACUGGAGAAUGAUGCUGAUGUCAAUCAGUGUGACCGACGAAAACAAUCUCCAUUGUUUGUUGCAUGUAAGGAAGGUUUUUUAGAUAUCGUAGAACUGUUGCUAAAGACAAAACCUUCACUAGAUAAACGUGAUGUACAUGGCCAAGCACCUUUACAUAUCGCAAGCGAAGGCGGACAUACAUAUAUAGUGAAGUGUUUACUUAAUAAAGGAGCUAAUGUAAAUCAAAGAGGUCGGGCUGGACAAACUCCUGUUUAUUUUGCUUGUUGUAAAGGGCAUAUUGAUGUAGCGGAAGUGUUAUUGAUCAACCGUGCUGACGUUUUAUUACGCAAUAAGUAUAACCGGUCGCCGUUGUUUGCGGCUUGUGAAAUGAGCCACAUACAAAUUGCACGACUUUUACUAGAAAACGGCGCUGAGGUUCUAAAUAGAGACAAGUUUGGAACGACACUUUUGCAUACGGCUUGCAAAGGAGGGAAUGAUGAAAUAGUGAAAUUGUUAUUGAGGAAAAACACUGAUGUUAAUCAAUGUGACAAUAAUGGGCACUCACCAUUGCAUAUUGCAUGUAAAGGAAACAAUAGGGAAAAUGAUUACCUUGAAUUAAAUACAUGCGAUGAAAGGUACAGAGAAAUUGUAAAAGUUUUACUUAAGAUGAAUGCAGAUGUAACAUUAUGUGAUAAUCAGGGCAUUACGCCUCUGAAUGUUGCUCAUGUAUCGGGAAACAUGGAGAUAGUUCAUCGUAUUCAGACAAAGCAAUGA